ACGAUCCCACCAACCGAUUCGAGUCGACUGUGAAUAACCGUGGUACCUCCCCCGUCACGUAUUUAACAUGGCCACGCUCCUUUUUAGAAAUCAGAAGGUUUACUUCGAUCGCAACGAACGUUACGUGGUGCCGCAAAGCUUGCUAGCCGUUUUAGCAAAAUGGUCAUACCUAUCGAUAAGAGACAUUUGGACAACAGCGAAGACAAGAAAUAUAUCGGAAACAACCUUAAGCUGACGUUCUUGCAGAACAGCGGCAACAUUCUAGUGACUGGUAAUAACUGCGUCAUCCAAGUGGCGGACAAUAGGGGCUCAGUAAAGGUGGUGGGCAAUAACUGUAGAGUCAAAGUGAAUGAGUGCAAGGGGCUGAUAGACUAUGUGGGAAACAACGGCAAGAUAACCAUAGAUGAACAAUGCAGAGACGAUGCCAUCACAUAUAUUGGUAACAACGGUCAAGUCAUCAGGAGCAGCAAAAAUAGCUCGGAGAUCAUAUGUGGCGCUCCAAAUACUGCGUCGCUAGCAUCAAAUUUUACCAAAAGCAGAUCGGCGGAGAAGCUUUUGGCUCACUCUAGUUUCGUAUCGGACACGCAAUUUAAAGUAAUGCUCCCAAACUUGUCUAUAGAGCUAAGCUCUUUUCUAGCUUCAAAAGCGACUCUAGUUCGAGUAUCGAAUACAGAAAAGCGUGUUAGCCUUUAAGUUUUAUUGUAAUGCAGUGAGAAAUGAUUAAGUUCCUGUAAGUGUAGUUGCCAUGUCAGUAUUAUAUUUGUCAGACUGGAAACUCUUAUUUAUUUGUGUCGUUCGUGUUAUUUAUAUUAAUGUUAUUUUAUUCAUUUAAUAAAGGUCGCACUUUCUACAAAA